AUGUCUAUAGCAGCAGCAGCAGUAGGACGCCAAGCCUGGCGGAAGCUGGUGCGCAACAACAGCACUGCUGCGAUCCGUCGUACCAUCUCCUUGUUGCCCAAGUCGCAGCAAUUCCGUCCUACCUUCUCCGUUCCUGCUUUUACCGCCAACGCCAGCAAGGCUGCCCCCCGGUUUUCCCAGUCGCAACAGUACAGAUCCUACAGCUCGGGCGGUUCAAGCGGUGAUGGGACAAAGGUCAAGUUCUGGCCGUUUGUGCUGGUGUUGGCUGCUGGUACUGGCGGGUGGGUGUUGUUGAUUAACAGGCAAAAGAUUUACUUUUUCUUUGGGGGACAACGAAUGGGCGCACAGCGGACAUGGAUGAUGUAG